AUGGCCACGAAAAGUGAGUGUGUGUUGCCCUAUUACACCGCCCAAAGUGCCUCGGGCGUGGGCCUGUUCAAUACUGCGAUGGGGAAACUACAGAGGCAACUGUAUAAGGGAGAGUAUGAUAUUUUCAAGUAUGCACCGAUAUUUGAGAGUGACUUUAUCCAGAUCACCAAAAGGGGAGAAGUGAUCGACGUGCACAACCGGGUCCGGAUGGUGACCGUGGGGAUUGCCAGCACCAGCCCCAUUCUCCCACUUCCAGAUGUCAUGCUGCUGGCUCGACCAGCCACCAGCACUGAGGACCCGGCUGGACGAGGCCCAAACAAGGGAAGAAAGCGCAGGGCCACCAGGCCGUUGGAGCUCACCAGGCUCCUUCCACUGAAGUUUGUAAGGAUCUCUAUUCACGAUCAUGGGAAACAACAGCUUCGCCUGAAAUUUGCCACGGGCCGUUCUUGCUACCUGCAGCUGUGCCCCCCUCUUGACGCCCGGGAAGAUCUCUUUGCCUAUUGGGAAAAACUGAUUUACCUCCUGCGACCGCCUGUGGACAGUAACAGCAGUACCUACGCCAUCCCGGCUGAGGACACAAUAUGCAUGCCUUCAUUUGAGGAAGAGGACAGGACAAGUUUGACAGCUGCUGAGUUCCAAGGGAAAGGAGAUCAGGACCAAGUCAGCAUCAGGAGCCUCCACCUGGUCCAUGAAGUGCACAGAGCCACCUCCGCUGCUUACGCUGGUGGGGAGAGAACAAAGUACGACCUCCACAAAUCCACUACCUUGCCUGAUGCGUCUACCCCCAAAAGAAAACUUACCAUCCUUAGCAAGGAGUCAACAGCUAGAGCAGGGGCAGCAGCAAUCGCAGGCACUUUGGGUGUAGCAGCAACCAAGUCUGCAAGCUCUGGGCAGGUAAGCAAAGCCAUUGCAAGAGGGGUGGCCAUAGAGGCAAGAGGAAGCAAAAGCCACCUGACUAUCACAGGUACUUCCAAGACAUCCCCAAAGAGCUUUAGGGUUGCCAGGGCAGGAACAGCAAGCAAAUCCGUAGAGCACAUUCCCAACACAGGCACCGGCCUCUGCCCAGAAGGCAGCGUGGGAAUAACAAGAGUAGACGUUACUCACGAGAAUGUUGAACUAGAGAGUGACUUAGCCAUUGAAUUGCUCAGCUCCCCCUUGCUGAAUGAAAGCCGUAUGGGUAGACAGGCUGGCCAGCAGAGAAUCUCUCUGGACACAGCUCGCAAGGAGAAGAGGGAAAGAAGGGAGCAGCGAGAAAAGGAUAGAGGAAGACAUCAAACCAGGACCGGGGAAGGUCAUCGCAAGACAGAGGGGGACAAGAUAACCCGAAAAUCGAGUCACAGAGCCACUAGAGAUGAUAAGAAGGAAACAGGCUCAGUGGGCUCCUGGGAAAAUAGGCGUAAUAUUUCCCACAAGGGCAGGGGCCACAUCCCCAUCUCAAAGGAGUCAAGGACCUCCCACAAGUCCGGGAGGAGCUUUUCCACUGCAAGUUCAGCUUCUACAAACAAGAGACUCGGCCGGAUCAACUCUUUCUUGAAGAACAUCAGAUCCAACCUUACUACAAAGGGGAUAGCCUCACCCCGAGGCAUCGCCUCAUCACGUGGCAGAUCUGUCGACCUCAUGGCUAAGACAGUAGAGAGGGCCAACAUGGAGGCCAUCAUGGAGACAGCGGAGCAUGGCCAGGGAUUGGAGAUCAUUAAUUCUGUGACAUCUGAUAUCGUCGUCGAGACAAUGACCCUUGAAAGCCAUUAA